AUGGCUACUACGGCUGCCAACUUCAUCCUCUCCAACCUACUAGGUCUCGGCGUGGUCACCAUCACCUCGCCCACGAGUCCCGUCAUUCUGCUGCUGGUAGCGGAGAAGGGCCCAUUCGUCACAUACAACUAUCUCCUAUCAGCAGUAGACUUGGCGCUGGCCCUCGUAAUCAGCUUCCUUCUCCUGUGCAACCUUGAGCACAAGUGGAUAGCGAAGAACUACUCGUUUCCAUACGCCUUUCACCCAAUUCGAAACCUCGGUGCCAAGGCGCUUCAAUUCCAACUGGUUCUCUUUGAGGUGUACCAUCUCCAUUUAUUUUCGCGGAUAACGCACAUCCUCACUCUACUCGUCGAAGAAGCGGCCUGGUUGCUUCUCAUCCAGGGGACAUUUGGAGUCGUCGGCUUGGCCACCGCCAACAUCCUGCUCGUCAUACAGGCAUUCAGCUACGGCGACACGCUGCUCGGCUCGUGUAUAACCAUUCUAAACGUGGCCAUUUCUCUCGCCGCGUCCGUCGGGUUUCAGGGACUCUCGGACGGCAACGCCCUCGGCGGCGUCAAGACCAGCCUCGUUCUCUGCGCAGCCCUGCGGACCAUGUCGCAUGUCGCGGAGCCGCUUCCGCCCGCCUACAACGAGCACAGCAAGACGUUUGACCGCAGUUUCGGGGUGCGCGGCUUCGAGUUUCUCUUUUCCAACACGCUGUUUGCCUUUUGGCUCUUCUGCUACGGCGUGAUUCAGGAGAUGGGCGCCGGCAUGCCCGGCCGCCUGUUUAAUAUUGCCGUGGCAGAGGUCAUGUAUUCCUUGGGCUACCAGGGCAAAUCCGCGUGGGAUGUUGUCGUGGCCAAGGGAUGGGCUUGCGAAAUCGUGGAGAGCGGUUGGGAGGCGUAUCCCAUGUCGCAGGAGUUGCUUGCCUGGGUGGCGGUACGCGAUGACGGCGGAUACCCGAUACUCUAG